AUCAGUGUCCUAUAUCUCUGCUAAACCCUAAAUCAGAAACCGCCGAUAUCCGAGGCAAUGCCACUCAAAUGGUAACCACUGAAAAUCCCAAUCACAGAUUCGGACAGUUAUGUAUGAUAAAGUUUUGUGCUUGAUUUUUGUGGUGCUGCAAUUUUAGGGUUUUGCAUUGGCAGCCCAACGCAGGGACGACGGUCAACAGUCAGAUCGUAAACGAAGUCACGCAGUGCGUCGAGAGCAUCAAUGGCGUCAAGGAAGGAAGAUUUUGAUAUAGUACAUUGUGCGUGCAUCAUCAGAGCCGUCUUUAACCGGGGAACCCCCGCGUUAUCUUCUGGGGAUUGCGCUGCCGGAGCAACCGAGUAAGUACUACCUGAUAAUGCGGUUGCAGCGGAUAAUUCUCGAGGUGGAUUCUUCGAUUCAGGCGAUUAUGGAGAAGUUACAGUCGUACAAAUCGAGGGUCUCGCUUUAUUUUGAGGUUUCCCCCUCCAAUUGGUGUAGUUGGAAGGGGUUUCAGUAUCAAGUCGGGGACUUCCAAUUGAGAGUGGGGAAAGUUAUUCCUACUCAUUCCGAAAAUUUAAAAGGAAUAGUUAUGGAGCUGGAGUACCUUCCCAUUUCUUCGAUGGAAAAAGUGAGGCAAGUCAUGGAAGAGUUCAUGGAUAUAUGGCAGCAGGCUUUGUCGAAAAGAUCAUUACUGGGGCACUUCAUGCAUGUGGAACCAAACUUUUCCGAGUAUGGCCUUGACCAAUGUACUUCACAACAUACUGCUGUCCAGUAUGCUGCCAUUAUGGCUCAACUCAUUGCGAUCGUGCAAGCAGUGCAGCAAUCAGCAAGAAAUUAGGAAACGAAGAAAAAGAAUUUGAUGUGUGUCACUCGUCAACUGGUUUGAGGAAUGGAUGAUUCCAAUUCCAUAUCUUCUUAGCGCUGACUCUCCCGCUGUUUGGAUAGAAGAAAACGGGGAGUAAUGAAGUUCUGUAUGCAGGUUUGAUUGUCCAUGGAAGAAUAGAAAGCAAACGAUAGGAUGUUUGAAAUCGAAAAGAAGUAAUUUCUUGA